AUGUCCGAAGUACCUAUACAAAAAAUCGAUCCCCCACUUAUGUUAGCUUCUGAGGGUAAUAAGAACCAACAAAUGACUUCAGUCUCCAAUCCUCAAGGCAUGUCCAACAUGCCAACAAGUCCUCCUCCACCCUAUCCUCAACAAUCAUUUGCCUCAAUGCCACCAACUCAAGCGCAACCCCAAUACGUACAACAACCACAGCAACCACAGUACCAACAACAACCACAGCAACCACAGUACCAACAGCAACAACCACAGCAAGUUCAGUACCAGCAACAACCACAGCAAGUACAGUACCAGCAACAACCACAGUACCAACAACAACCACAGUACCAACAACAACAACAGUAUCAACAACAACCUAUUGCCCAAAUGCAGACGCAACAGGCCCAAGUUGUUACUGAAACUCGUGAGGUCUACGCGGAGCCAGUUCAGCCAGCUCAGCCUAAUGUGGUUUACGUAGAUAAUCCACAACCACAACCGCAAAUUACAGUUAUGCAGACCACCUCUCAAAUCGUAUCUAUCACCAGUCCACACCCGACAAGAGUGAAUUGUCCAAAUUGUGGGAACCUGGUCACCACGAAUGUCACCGAAACUCCCGGCACAACAACCUAUAUGCUUAGUGCUAUUCUGUGCAUUGUAGG